AUGUCUCAGCCUGCUGUGCUUCUCACCCAGGAGCCUGCUCCGCAGUGUAUCCCCGUCUCGGAGCUCCCCAUGAAGGUUUACGAGCCGGCUCUGAACACCGGUCCCGAUUCUUCCAGCGGUUUGGCCACGGCCGGCUUCCGCACCGCCAAGUUCCUGCCCGAAGAAUGGCAGCAGAACAACUACACCCGAUACCACGAGGCCUUCGCCGACCGCGACCACUCUGAGCGCUGCCGCCACGAGUCCCAGAACCUGGCCAAUUACACGGCCGAAUUGGCCCAGCGCACCCAGGAGGACUCCACGGCUAAGGUGGGCCAGAGGCUCCAGGACAUCCACUUCUGGAAGUCGGAGCUCCAGAGGGAGAUUGAGGACCUGGUGGCUGAGACUGACCAGCUGGCGGCUCAGAAACUGCGGCUGGAGCGAGCCAUCGAUGCCGUGGAGGUCCCCUACAGCAUCGCCAUGGACAACCUGCAGUGCCGGGAGCGCCGGCAGCAUCCGGACCUGGUGAGGGACCAAGUGGAGGUAGAACUGCUCAAGGAGACCGAGCUCAUCCGAAAUAUCCAAGAGCUCCUGAAAAGGACGGUGAAGCAAGCUGUUAAUCAGAUGCAGUUAAAUCGGGACCACAAGCAGGUCUGUGAGAUGGAUUGGUCUGACAAGGUGGAAACCUACAACAUCGAUGAGAAGUGUGGGCGGUACAACAACCAGAGCACUAACAUUCAAUUCCAUCCCAGCUCCUCCAAGUUUGAGGACAGUGCUUCUACCCCAGAGACGUGGGCCAAGCACAGCCAUGACAACAUCUACAGGGCUGAGCGAGAAAGGUUGGCCUCCGUCAACCUCCGGGCCCUGGUUGACAACAUCCUCCACGACACAGCCGAGGAUCUGCACCUCCAGUUUGAUGUGGUGAACCAGACCUUUGCCAAGCGCUGUGAGGAGCUGGAAGAUGCCAAGCACAAGCUGGAGCACAGUUUACGAAAAACCCUGCAGGAGAUUGGGCACCAAGAGCACAACAUUGAGGCGCUGAAGCAAGCGAUCAAGGAUAAAGAAACGCCCCUCAAAGUAGCUCAGACAAGGCUGUAUGAUCGCUCCUUUAGGCCCAACGUGGAUCUCUGCAGAGAUGCUGCCCAGUUCAGGCUCAUCAGCGAAGUGGAAGAACUGACUGAAUCCAUUGACUCUCUCAAAAAGAAGCUUCUGGAAUCCGAGCAAAGCCUACAGAAUCUGGAGGACAGCCGGAUGCAUCUGGAGAAGGAGAUCGCUGUGAAAACCAAUAGCCUUUUUAUCGACCGGCAGAAAUGCAUGGCCCAUCGUACCAAAUACCCAACUAUCCUGAAACUAGCAGGCUAUCAGUAGGAUGUUGUCACUGGAAGCGAAGUGGGCAAUCCGUUUUGGUCUCUGAAGGUUC